UCCCCGAAGCCCCGGCUGUUAGUGCUGUGUGAAUGCGUGUGUGCUCCUGAGCUAGCCUCGGCACACAUUAUAUAAAAAAUUUAAAAAACAAAAAAAAAAUUUAAAAAUCUUAAAAACACUUAAAAAAUCCUUUUUCUUUUUGUAAAAAAAAAAAUCGGUGAAGCAGGAGCUGCACGACGCCAACUUACCUCGGUAUAUCAAAGGAAUCCCAGCUAGCUACAACUUAAAUCGACGUGUUGCUGUCGAGGUAGUCGAGUUAGCAGUAUAGGGAAAGGCCUAGCUAGCUGACGUUUUCCAAGCGACUUUCGAGGUAUCGUAUUCGCGAUCCAUAUCAAAGUUGUAUUAGUUUCUAAAACAGGUGUUUUAAAUGAAGUAAAGCUUUCAAAUCGACUUUUAAGUCGUUUUAGUUUCAUCCGUUUGAAUUGGCUUGUGAGUAACGAUCGCUGGUUCGUGAACGUCGAAAGAAUUCCAUCGAACUCAGCUAGCUAAGCUAACUACCUUUUCUUGUGACCGAACAAGUUAACGGAAAAUGAACCCCAGCGCACCUAGUUAUCCGAUGGCUUCCCUGUAUGUUGGGGAUCUCCACCAAGAUGUAACCGAGGCCAUGCUCUACGAGAAAUUUAGCCCCGCUGGAGCCAUCCUCUCCAUUCGUGUCUGCCGGGACAUGAUAACUCGUCGCUCGCUCGGGUAUGCCUACGUCAACUUCCAACAACCUGCAGAUGCUGAGCGUGCUUUGGACACCAUGAACUUCGAUGUGAUCAAGGGGAGGCCUGUCCGCAUCAUGUGGUCUCAGCGAGACCCUUCGUUGAGGAAGAGUGGAGUUGGCAACAUCUUCAUCAAGAACCUGGACAAGUCAAUCGACAACAAAGCCCUUUAUGACACGUUCUCUGCUUUUGGCAACAUCUUGUCCUGCAAGGUGGUUUGUGAUGAGAAUGGUUCAAAAGGGUACGGCUUUGUGCACUUUGAGACGCAGGAAGCGGCGGAGAGAGCCAUUGAGAAAAUGAACGGCAUGUUGCUCAAUGACAGAAAAGUGUUUGUGGGGCGCUUCAAAUCUCGCAAAGAGCGUGAGGCAGAGCUUGGGGCAAGAGCGAAAGAGUUUACCAAUGUGUACAUCAAAAACUUUGGCGAAGACAUGGAUGAUGAGAAACUGAAGGAAGUCUUCAGCAAAUAUGGACACGCAAUGAGCAUCCGCGUUAUGACAGAUGACGGCGGCAAGUCUAGAGGUUUUGGCUUUGUCAGUUUCGAAAGGCACGAGGAUGCUCAGAAGGCUGUAGAUGAGAUGAACGGGAAGGAGCUUAAUGGUAAGCUCAUCUACGUUGGCCGUGCUCAGAAGAAGGUGGAGCGGCAGACUGAGCUCAAGCGCAAAUUUGAGCAGAUGAAGCAGGACCGCAUGACGCGUUACCAGGGUGUUAACCUCUAUGUUAAAAACCUUGACGAUGGUAUUGAUGAUGAACGCCUGCGUAAAGAGUUCUCUCCUUUUGGGACCAUCACCAGUGCCAAGGUCAUGAUGGACGGAGGCCGUAGCAAGGGAUUCGGCUUUGUGUGCUUCUCCUCGCCGGAGGAGGCCACCAAGGCAGUAACUGAGAUGAACGGGCGCAUUGUGGCCACCAAGCCACUGUACGUGGCCCUGGCGCAACGCAAGGAGGAGCGGCAGGCCCACCUCACCAACCAGUACAUGCAGCGGUUGGCUAGUGUGCGGGCCGUGCCCAAUCCUGUGCUCAACCCCUACCAGCAUGCCCCGCCCUCCGGCUACUUCAUGGCGGCCAUUCCACAGGCUCAGAACAGAGCUGCUUACUACCCAACGAGCCAGCUGACCCAACUCCGGCCCAGUCCACGCUGGACGACACAGGGGGUCAGACCUCAGCACUUCCAGAACAUGCCUGCCACCAUGAGGCCGUCGGCACCCCGUCCACAGACGUUCAGCACCGUGCGACCUGCCUCCCAGGUGCCCCGUAUGAUGUCCGCACAGCGUGUUGCUCCACAGACCAUGGGCCCUCGUGCAGCUACAGCGGCCCCUCCGGCCCAGAGUGCCCCAGUGCGAAGCGUUCCGCAGUACAAAUAUGCCGCAGGUGUGCGCAACCCUCAGCAGCACAUGAGCAGUCAGCCCCAGGUCUCCUUGCAACAGCCUGCUGUGCACGUGCAGGGUCAGGAGCCCCUGACAGCUUCCAUGCUGGCUGCUGCCCCCCCACAGGAGCAGAAGCAGAUGCUGGGUGAGCGGCUGUUUCCUCUGAUCCAGAACAUGCACCCUACCCUGGCAGGCAAGAUCACAGGCAUGCUGCUGGAGAUUGACAACUCUGAGCUGCUGCACAUGCUGGAGUCACCAGAGUCAUUGCGCUCCAAGGUUGAUGAGGCUGUCGCAGUGCUCCAGGCUCACCAGGCUAAAGAAGCCGCUCAGAAAAAUGUGACCAACUCUGCUGGUGUAACAAGUGUCUAGGCUGAGGGACAGGAAGCUUGCUUCACUGAAGAGGGGGGAUUAAACAUUGAAAAAAAAACAAUAAACAUUGCAAAAAAGAAAAUUGUUUUAAAAAAGGAAGAUACAGCCGGGUCUAGAAGAGGCCCAGUUAAUUCUUAAAGAAAAAAAGGUCAGAAAAAAAGAAAAAUGCAAAAUGAAAAAAAGGGAUUUGGGGGUUUUAAAGAAAUUCAAUUGGGGGUGGGGGUAGUCCUCUAGCAUUCCUUUUUAUUCCUUUGCUUGGUGUCAUCCUGGGAUGGGGAGGGGGGGACCUCACCAUUCUAGCAUUGUGAAGAUUCCUGACCUGAAAAUAUGCUUGCUUCAAUAAAAAUUAAAGUGGCUGCA